AUGCAAAUCACCUACAUGGACGCUGACUUGAAUACCUAUGGGUUCCCGUCUGGCUACUUCUUGAUUCGUUCCGUACCUACCAACCGCGUCUUCGAUGUCACGGAGGGCUUUGUGGCGGAUUCGACUGAAGUUAUCUUAUGGCCCGAGACGGAGACUUCCAUGGUUGAAGGAAUAAGGGAUCCUGGCUCGAAUAAUCAGGUGUUUUUCGUCGAUGGUACAGGUCACUUGUGCUCUAGGUCCUCGGGCCAUGCGCUUGACAUCCAACAUGACCGUGUCGUGAUCCGUCACCGGAGGCCCAUCGUGCACCCGUAUCCCAAUGCGUUCUCACAUCCACUUCCCCGUUUCUCAUACGAUUCCGAGACGAAGCACAUCAGUGUGCAAUUCGCCGUGGACCCUUCCUACCACGCAUCGCCGGACGAGGCAGCCACUGCGAGCGCCUGGAAAGACAGAACGUUUCUCUUGACCUCCAUCCCGCUGCGGCAGCCGCACUCGCUCAUCGACGAUGCCUCUGCAUUCUUCUCUUCUGCUCUCGCGUCUCCGCUGUCGUUCUUUGGGGCGCUGCAGACUGGACCGAGUGCCAAAGCAGAAGAAAUAUUCUCGAGUGGCGACAUCGAUCUGAGAGAGGACGAGAUCCUUGAGCAGGAUCGCACGGAGGAGGGGGAAGUUGAUGAUUCGCUUGACAAGUAUCGCAAGGUUCGCGUAGUAGCCGUCUCCAAAGAGGACGUCAAGGCCGUAGGACAGCAGGCGAGAUCGAGGAUGCAGUGGGAGGUCAUUCCCCUGCGCACAGGCAGGAACCGCACCACCUCGUAG